AUGGCGGCAGGAAGACCGAUUCUUGGCUUAUUGGCCCUUUUCUUCACAGCAGGAGCCAUUCUGCUGAUGUUUCUGACGUUCCUUGGUGGCGCAAACAACCAUCGGCCAUUGAACGAGAUCUACUUCCUUCAGGCGAACACCUCGAAUAUCCCUGGGGCUCCAGCUGUGUCGAGAUGGACAUUCUGGAACGUCUGCAGCGUAGACAGCCAUGGCAAGAGCCAUUGCGGCACGUCUCACCCCACGUUUCCCUUUGAUCCCCCAGGCCACAGCAACUUUGGUACGAACGUAAACGUUCCUCACCAGUUCAUCGGAACGAACCAUUACUUCCUCAUGUCCCGUUUCAUGUUCCCAUUCGAGAUCAUCGCACUAUUCUUUGCGGUGUGCUCGCUGUUUCUCGGUCUGCUGGCACCCUGCACCCGAAUUGGAAGCUACUUGUCUAGCACGAUGGCUUUGAUUGCAUGGAUCUUCCAGAUUAUCACUACCUGUCUAAUGACUGCGUGUUAUGUGGAAGGUCGCCAUCACUUCAACUCCAACGGUCAGCACGCAAAACUGGGCCCAAAGGCCUUUGGCUUCAUGUGGACUGCCGUCUUUCUUCUGACACUCUCCUCCUUCCUCUACUGCAUGGGUGGCUUGACUGGCCGAAGCGAAGCUGGAUACAGUGGUCGAGAGGCGAGACGUCGCGGAUUCUUUGCUGCUAAGCGAUCCUCUAGCACCAGAUCCGGCGGAAGCACUGCCAAUGGCCGCAAGGAGUACGCCUAG